GCAUAGGUCUCACAUCUUUUGUUAGCUCACCCUUGUAUUGAAUUUGUGACCCCCAUGAUGACUCAUAGUAUUUUAUUUUUUUAGGGAUGUCAUUAAAAAAGGAUAUAUCAUAUUCUCCACAUACAGUAUCUAUCCAUUAUUGCCCUUGAAUUAUUGCUAUUGCUUUUGCUGGUGCGUUGUUUCUUUUGUCUAUCAAUUAUUGCUACUUUAAUUAUUGCUAUAGUUAUUAUUUAUCAUAAAUAAAAUAAAAAAUACAAAAAGUAUGAUUGAUUUCUUGAAUAUCACUUUUGCUUCAAAAAAAUCAGAAGCCAAAUAAACUAUAUCAUAUCUCUUUAACUCUUAUAACGACACUCUCACAAAUUGUACUGUGUGAAUUUAAUCUUUCAAAAGCUUGUGUUCCUUAUCCACUUCUGAGAAAAAUGGCUGAAGGUCUUUUGUUCAACAUGAUUGACAAGCUGAUCGGGAAGCUGGGUUCAGUGGUUGUUGAAAGCUGGAACAUGAGAGAUGAUCUUCAAAAGCUGGUGGAAAAUAUGUCUGAGAUCAAGGCUGUGGUUUUGGAUGCAGAGGAGCAGCAGGGAGCCAACAACCAUCAAGUUCAACUCUGGUUGGAAAAGCUCAAGGAUGCUCUUGAUGAUGCCGAUGACUUGCUUGAUGACUUUAACACCGAAGACUUGAGGCGACAAGUGAUGACCAAUCACAAGAAGGCUAAAAAGGUUCGCAUCUUCUUCUCAUCAUCCAACCAGCUUCUCUUUUCUUACAAAAUGGUUCAGAAAAUUAAGGAACUUAGUAAGAGAAUUGAGGCCCUUAAUUUUGAUAAGAGAGUCUUUAAUUUUACAAAUCGCGCACCUGAGCAACGAGUUUUGAGAGAAAGAGAAACUCACUCCUUUAUUCGUGAGGAAGAAGUUAUUGGAAGAGAUGAGGAGAAGAAAAAGUUGAUAGAGUUGUUGUUUAACACCGGCAACAAUGUGAAAGAGAAUGUUUCAAUUAUUUCUAUAAUUGGAAUUGGAGGACUUGGAAAGACUGCACUUGCUCAACUUGUAUACAAUGACAAAGAAGUGCAACAACAUUUUGAGUUGAAAAAAUGGGUUUGUGUUUCUGAUGAUUUUGAUGUAAAAGGUAUUGCUGCAAAAAUCAUAGAAUCUAAAAAUAAUGUUGAGAUGGAUAAAAUGCAAUCGAAACUCCGCGAAAAAGUUGAUGGCCGAAGAUAUUUGCUUGUCUUGGAUGACAAUUGGAAUGAGGAUCGUGAUCUUUGGCUUCAAUUGAUGACAUUGUUGAAAGACGGCGCAGAAGGAAGUAAAAUAAUUAUCACCACAAGAAGUGAGAAGGUUGCCAAGGCAAGUGGUUCAUCUUCUAUCUUGUUUUUAAAGGGUCUCAGUGAAAAACAAUCUUGGACAUUAUUUAGUCAAUUAGCUUUUGAGAAUGACAGAGAACUAGAGAAUGAGGAAUUGGUGUCAAUUGGCAAGGAAAUUGUGAAAAAAUGUUCAGGGGUUCCUCUCGCCAUCAGAAGCAUUGGAAGCUUAAUGUAUUCCAUGCAGAAGGAGGAUUGGUCAACAUUCAAGAACAUAGAUCUUAUGAAAAUUGAUGAACAAGGUGAUAAUAAAAUUUUACAGCUUAUCAAACUAAGUUAUGAUCAUCUACCAUUUCAUUUGAAAAAGUGCUUUGCUUUUUGUUCAUUGUUCCCAAAAGACUAUUUAAUUCCUAAAACAACAUUGAUUCGAGUUUGGAUUGCACAAGGGUUUGUUCAGUCAUCAUCAGAUGAAAGUACAAGUUUAGAAGAUAUUGGUGAUAAGUACUUCAUGGAUUUAGUUCAUAAAUCUUUCUUUCAAAAUAUCACCAAACAUGUUUUCUAUGGCGAGAAUGAAAUGUUCCAAAUGCAUGAUAUUGUGCAUGAUCUGGCAACUUUUGUUUCAAGAGAUGACUAUCUUUUAGUUAAUAAAAAGGAGCAGAAUAUUGACGAACAAACCCGCCAUGUCUCUUUUGGCUUUAUAUUGGAUUCUUCCUGGCAAGUUCCAACUUCUCUUCUCAAUGCUCACAAAUUAAGGACAUUUCUAUUACCGCUACAGUGGAUUCGAAUAACUUAUCAUGAAGGUUCAAUAGAAUUAUCUGCUAGUAAUUCCAUCCUGGCAAGUUCUAGACGAUUUCGUGUGCUGAAUCUUAGCUUCAUGAAUUUAACGAAUAUUCCAUCUUGUAUUGGUAGAAUGAAACAGCUAAGGUAUCUUGAUCUUUCUUGUUGUUUUAUGGUUGAAGAGCUCCCAAGGUCUAUAACUGAAUUAGUUAACUUGGAGACUCUUUUACUCAAUAGGUGUUCUAAAUUGAAAGAGUUGCCCAAAGAUCUUUGGAAGUUGGUAAGCCUUAGACAUCUUGAGUUGGAUGAUUGUGAUAACUUAACUUCUAUGCCACGUGGAAUAGGAAAGAUGACUAAUCUUCAAACAUUGACACACUUUGUGUUAGAUACAACUUCUAAAGACAGUGCUAAAACUAGUGAACUAGGGGGAUUACAUAACUUGAGGGGACGACUCGUGAUAAAAGGCUUGGAACAUUUGAGGCAUUGUCCAACAGAAGCUAAACAUAUGAAUUUAAUAGGGAAGUCACAUCUUCAUCGAUUGACAUUGAAUUGGAAACAACACACUGUUGGUGAUGAGAAUGAGUUUGAAAAGGAUGAUAUAAUUCUACAUGACAUUCGACACUCCAAUAUCAAGGAUUUAGCAAUAAAUGGAUUUGGUGGUGUGACAUUGUCUAGUUUGGUCAAUUUAAAUUUGGUUGAAUUGAAAUUAUCCAAAUGCAAAAGAUUGCAAUAUUUCGAACUCUCACUGUUGCAUGUCAAACGCCUCUAUAUGAUUGAUUUGCCUUGCCUAGAGUGGAUAGUCAACGACAACAGUAUUGAUAGCUCGUCAACCUUUUCUACAUCACUCAAAAAGAUACAACUUGAUCGGAUACCUACUCUAAAAGGAUGGUGUAAGUGUAGCGAAGAAGAGAUCUCAAGGGGUUGUUGUCAUCAGUUUCAGAGUCUUGAAAGAUUAUCGAUUGAAUAUUGUCCUAACCUAGUUUCAAUUCCACAACACAAACAUGUCAGGAAUGUAAUUCUUUCAAAUGUCACAGAGAAGAUAUUACAACAAGCAGUCAAUCAUUCAAAAGUAGAGUAUCUUAAGAUAAAUGACAUACUGAAUUUGAAAUCUCUCAGUGGACUCUUUCAACAUCUAAGUAGACUGUGUGCAUUGCGUAUCCACAAUUGCAAGGAGUUUGAUCCGUGCAAUGAUGAAGAUGGUUGUUACAGCAUGAAAUGGAAAGAACUCACCAACCUCGAAAUGUUGGAGUUCUAUGAAAUCCCAAAAAUGAAAUAUUUGCCUGAGGGACUUCAGCACAUUACCACUUUACAAAUUCUGAGAAUAGUAAAUUGUAAGAAUCUUACAUCUAUACCUGAAUGGGCAACAUCACUGCAAGUGUUAGAUAUCAAAGAUUAUCCGAAUCUACCGCCUCCAAUGAUGAUCAAGACUUGAUCAAUGGUUUGACAAUAAGAUUGACACUUUUGCUGAUUGCAUGUCUCAUUUCAAGCGUGUUUCUAAGGAACCAGAAAGUGUCUUUACAUUUUACUUUGCAUAUAGUUUGUUAAAAUAGUUUGGGAUUUUUAAGCUGGUUAUUUGUGAUAUUGUAUUGUUCAACUCACUUUAUUUUGUGUUUCAGAUAUUUUACAUGUUUAAUUUACUUAAAGGAUUCAUAAA